AUGGAGCUGACAAAGAACUGCUGGCUAUGGUUCUUAGUUCUUUCUGUAACUGUACAAUUUGCUUCCUGUGAUCAAGAGGGGUUCUUGAGCUUAUCAUGUGGUGGAACCACGACCUAUGUCGAUUCCUCAAAUAUAUCUUGGAUACCUGAUGCUUCCUACAUAAAUGUUGGCAACAUGACUACGGUGGACUACCUUGAUCGGAGCUCUUCAUCUCGUCUACCUGUCCGAUUCUUCCCUGAUUCCCUUAGGAGCAAGUGUUAUAGGCUUCCCUUAAGUAAUGUAUCCUCUGUGGUUCUUGUCAGAGCUCAAUUUGUGUACAAGAACUAUGAUGGACUUGAUAAGCCCCCUGAAUUCUCUGUAUCACUUGGGAGAGCUAUGACCACUACUGUGAAUCUUGCUAAUACAGAUCCCUGGAUUGAGGAAUUUAUAUGGCCAGUUGAUAAGGGCACUCUCAGUUUGUGUUUUCAUUCUUUACCUGGGGGAGGAGUUCCAGUAGUUUCUUCCCUCGAACUUCGUCCGCUCCCUCAAGGUGCUUACAGCAAUGGCUUGGCAGAUUUUCCCUCCAAACUGCUUAAGAAAACUUAUAGAAUCAACUGUGGUUAUGUUGAUGGAUCACUGAGGUACCCUAUUGACCAGUAUGAUCGAAUUUGGGAUGCGGAUAAGGAUUUUAGUCCAUAUCAUGUGUCUUCUGGUUUCGAUAUUCAAAACACCUUUAAUUUAACAAGUCUCAAAGAAAACCCUCCAGUUGCUGUUUUACAAACUGCAAGAGUCUUGGCAAGGUGGUCUGAUUUGACAUACAAUUUGCCUAUUGAUGAUUUAGGAGACUACUACAUUGUCCUCUACUUUGCUGGCAUCCUGCCAGUAUCCCCGGCAUUCGAUAUAUUGAUUAACGGGGAAGUUGUUCGGUAUAAUUACUCCGUACAAAGAUGGAAUGCAGAAGAUCUUUCCUUUACAAUGAGGGGAAUCAAAAGCUUGAAUAUCACAUUGAAGAGUACCAGCUUCUACCCUCUGAUUAAUGCACUAGAAGUGUAUGAAAUUCAAGACAUUCCCCGUGAAACCUCUUCCACUACAGUAUCUGCUCUACAGGUUAUUCAGCAGUCUACUGGUAUGGACCUUGGAUGGCAAGAUGAUCCAUGUUCACCAAAGUCCUGGCAACAUAUAGAAUGCAACGGAAAUAUGGUUUCCUCUCUGGACCUCUCCAACGUGAAAAUGAGAUCAAUUAGCCCCACAUUUGGUGACCUUUUGGACCUAAAAAUAUUGGAUUUGAGUAACACAUCGCUUUCUGGAGAAAUACAGUACCUGGGAAGCCUGCAGAGUCUUGAGAAAUUGAACCUGAGUUUCAACCAGCUAACAUCCUUUGGUUCAGAAUUUGAGGACUUGAUGAACCUUCAAGUUCUGGAUUUGCAAAACAAUAGCUUGGUGGGAUUAGUUCCUGAAAGCUUGGGAGAGUUAAAGAACCUUCACUUACUGAAUCUGGAAAAUAAUAAACUUCAAGGUCCCCUUCCCCAAUCGUUGAACCGCAAGAGCCUAAAUGUCAGGACGUCAGGAAAUCUAUGCCUGUCUUUCUCCACAUUAUCCUGCACUGACGUUUCGGGAAUCCAGACUCCACAAGUCACUAUCUUUUCACCUAGUAAGCCCAAGGACCACAAACAUAUAGCAGCCAUAAUUGGUGCUGUUGGAGGUGUAGCAGUUGCUUCUGCACUCAUCUCAGUGUGUGUAAUUCUGUUCAUAAGGAGGAAGAAACCCCAAGAAUCAUCUGCACAAAGUGCUCAGGUGGAUAUAAAGAACUGGAAUUCGGCAAAAGUCUUUUCUUAUAAAGAAAUUAGAUCAGCCACACACAAUUUCAAGGAGGUCAUUGGUCGGGGUAGUUUCGGAUCAGUUUACCUUGGAAAGCUUCCUGAUGGGAAAUUAGUAGCUGUCAAAGUGCGGUUUGACAAAACUCAGCUUGGUGCGGAGUCUUUUGUCAAUGAGGUAUCUCUUCUAUCAAGAAUUCGACACCAGUGUCUUGUAUCUUUGGAAGGAUUCUGUCAAGAGGCAAAGCAGCAAAUACUAGUUUAUGAGUAUCUACCAGGCGGAUCCUUGUCUGAUAACCUUUAUGGUACAAAGAGUAAAAGGAUAACAUUGAGUUGGGUUCGCCGGUUGAAAAUUGCUGUAGAUGCAGCCAAAGGUUUGGACUACCUUCAUAACGGUAAUGAUCCAAGAAUCAUUCACCGUGAUGUAAAAAGCAGCAAUAUACUCAUGGAUUCUGAAAUGAAUGCUAAGAUGUGUGAUUUUGGCCUUUCUAAGCAAAUGACUCAGGGAGAUGCUACCCAUAUAACCACUGCUGUCAAAGGCACUGCUGGCUAUCUCGAUCCAGAAUAUUACUCCACCAGACAGUUGACAGAAAAAAGUGAUGUCUACAGUUUUGGGGUUGUUCUUUUAGAGCUCAUAUGUGGCAGAGAACCGCUCACUCACUCAGGCUCGCCUGAUUCCUAUAAUUUGGUCUUAUGGGCAAAGCCAUAUCUGCAAGCAGGCGCAUUUGAGAUAGUGGAUGAGAGCAUAAAGGGAACUUAUGAUCCUGAGAGCAUGAGAAGAUCAGCUUUGAUUGCUUCAAGGUCUGUCGAGAGGGAUGCUUCGCGGAGGCCUUGCAUUGCAGAAGUCCUGGCUGAGCUCAAACAAGCCUACAGUAUUCAACUCGCGUAUCUAGCUUCCGGAGGAUUUAUGAAUUAG